AUAUAUGUACACGGACGGAUGGAUGCCUCAGAUAUCUGGGUGACGACCGCAAUCACUUGCCGCCCAGCAGCCCGCGGAGCAGCAGCCACCCGGCAAUCGAGAUGAAGAAGUCUAAAACCUACACCUUGGAGGCCCCCGAUGGCGGUUGGGGAAUCCUCGUCUGCAUCGGCAUGGCCAUGCCCUUUACAAGUGCUCUCGCCGCCUUGCCAUCGUUUGGCCUUGUUUUCGGGGACUUCCUGAAGAGCAUCGGGGCGGAGUCGAGUGCCAUGGCCAUUAUCACCAGUGCCUUCUUCUCGUCGAUGAGCUUCGCCGGCCUGUUCUCCGGCUCCCUGUUCCAACGCUUCGGGAUGCGAAGGGUGGGCGUCGUCGGUGGAAUUCUGUAUUUCCUGGGCACCGGGUUGCAGUUGUUCGCCACCUCCACAAUGCACCUGAUGCUGGCCUUCAGCCUGGUACAGGGACUGGCCUUUGGGCUGAUAGUGCCCACCUGCUACACGACCUUCAACCACUACUUUGUGAAGAACCGGGUGUUGUGGAUGAGCUUCGCCCAGACGCUGAUCGGUCUGGGAGCAAUGCUGUAUCCGAUUGUCAUGCAGAAGCUGAUGCAGUGGUAUGGCUUCCGGGGCUGUCUGCUUGUCCUCACGGGGCUAAAUGCCCAUGCGAUACUGGGCAUGCUGGUGAUGCAUCCGGUGGAGUGGCACAUGCGUCGCGUGCCCAUUGCUCCGGAGGAGGAGGAGCUUAAGUUGCAGGAGCUGGAGCAGCCGGUGAAGCCAACAGUGGUGGUGAGAGUGCAGCCGGAGACGCCUUUGAAGGCGCCCACGGAGGAGCCCUGUUUCCACGGAGAUCCCGUAUCGCGUCGCCUCUCCCACGCCGAGGAGCACAUGCUCAAGGUGCACUGCAGUCGCGCCUCGAGCAUCACCAGCCUGGGCAACUGGUCCGGACCCGUGGUGGUCAGCGAUGCCUCUCCUCAGAUGAUGCACAGCCUGCAAGCUUCUCGAAGGCAGAGUAUGGCGGCUGGUGGUGCUGCAGGUGGUGCCACUGGAGGAUCGGUGACCCAGGUCCAGGAUGACGACCCUCCCAAGAAGGGCUGGGUGCGCACUGUGGUCGAUUUCCUCGAUCUCACGCUGCUCAAGAAGCCCAUCUACGUAAACAUCGUGCUGGGCAUCACCUUCGCCCUCUACUCCGACAUCACAUUCUUCACCAUGCAGCCGGUAUAUCUCUUCGAACUGGGCUACAGCAGGCCGGAUACCGCCACCAUUAUAGCAAUUGGAGCAGCUGCCGACUUGACGUCCCGAAUUUUCCUGGCCAUCACAGCCGUGUGCAUCCAAGUACCCUCGCGAUACAUUUAUUUAGCAGGAGCAGUGCUCACAGUUUUUGCACGAUUCGUUUUCAAUGGGAUCACUGAGUUUAUGGGAAUGGCCAUCAUUACGGCUGUGAUUGGGUUCCUUCGCACCUGGCUCCAUGUCCCCUUGCCUCUGGUAUUUGCCGACUACUUGUCCAAGGAAAGGUUCGCCACUGGCUAUGGUCUGUUCAUGUUCACCCAGGGCAAUGCCAUGUUUCUGAUAGGCCCCAUUGUCGGAAUUAUACGCGACAAGACCAAGGACUACAUUCUGGUCUUCCACAUCCUCAAUGGCUUCAUGAUCCUGUGCGCCGUUCCCUGGGUCAUCGAAGUGCUCAUCGUGAAGUUCCGAAGGCGCAACAAGAUCGAACGCAACAACGUUGAUCACGACGAGGUGGAAAACCAAGGACGUAGCGCGAUAGUUCAUUAAAAAAUAUUUUCCGUUUCCUUAGUAAUAAAAAUAUAACAACUAACAUUUUAUACAUUAAGAGUAAUUCAGAUUCAUCAACAAUUGCUAGAAGUGUUAAAAUAAAUUCUUUAAAUACAAAUAAAAUUCGAA